AUGUCACGUUCGCCAUCUGGCUCACCACCGCCAACACCAAGCCAAUCUCCUGUACCACAAAAAGCUGGCUACCAGUCACCACCAUGUAUUUGUGGUUCGGUACCGUUGGCGUCAUUGUCAGCGAACACCCUAGCUGAUUCAUUGGGAGUUUCGCCGCUCUACAAACAACAAGAUUCUGCUCGAUGGAAUGCUGCAGCACAAGUUUAUCACAAUUCUCGUGCACANUCACCCACACAAGAUGGGCAGUUCCAGUUUUCUCCGGAUGGCGUUGCAGAGAAUAUGUGGGUCAAUCCACAACAACUAGUCACCAAUUUCAUUCAUAGGAGCUCAGCAGUCAGGACACCGCUAUCGUUGGAGGACAUCGCUAACAUGAACAGACGACGUCAUAUCCAGGAAGGUGGAUUAGUGAAAAAUGAGGCUGGCGGUCCAUUAGAAUUGGAAGCAAUAGCAGCCGUUCAUGAAUUGUCACAUGAAGUUCGGGAUAUCAGUGUAUCAGAAAUGCUUCCUAGGACAAGUGAUCUCAUCUUCGUCAAUGUGAAAACCCAAGAAGGUCAACCUUACACUCUCGAAUUGACAUUGAAAGGUUGGCGUAUCGCCUCAUCCCAUACAGACUGCAUGAAUGGGGACUAUACUAAGGUCGACCUGCAUACACGCUAUUUCCGUAAUGCACGUGAAUUGCUCAGCUUUAUAUCACCAGACCAUGCAACCAGAUUCAACGAGUGCUUAGCAACCAAAUUGAACGAACUGGCUGCUAAUGUAAGUUUUUGA